CUAGCUAAGGGGUCUUCAAUUCCUGCUCUUCUUCUUAAAAUCUUGAGCCACCAUUAAAGUCCAAACCAGCUCCUCCCCUCCCCUGUUCCCAUCAAAGCAAGAUGCACAGUAACAACACUGAACUUCCUCAAAAGUCUCUCCAAAUCAAGGAGGAUAACAAGUUCUUCUCAAGGCUUCUAACUAAGGAGAAAUCCAUGGCUAAUUCAUCCUUUAGAGUCUACUAUGGAGGUUCAGCAGGUUCAGUUCCAUUUAUGUGGGAGUCUCAACCUGGUACACCUAAACACGCAUUUAGUGAUACCUCUCUUCCUCCACUCACCCCUCCACCUUCCUUCCAUUCUCAUCUCAAGCAAAAAUCAGUUAAGAAGCCUUCAAAAACAAACCUUUUACACACAAUAUUGCCAAAACUUUCUUUGAAGAAAUCCCAAAUUCCACCACUACCACCAUCACCAACAUCUUCAUUGUCAUGGUCUUCAUCAUUGUCUUCUUCAUCAUCAUCUUCUUCCACUACCCCAACUACCCCUUCUAAUUUCCAUCGUAAUCAUCGACGAAUUUCGAGUUCUAGAUUAUCUUUUGAUUCUAAAGGAGAAGAUGAGUAUCAGGGCUUUGGAUAUCCUACUUCAACCAUGUGUUUUGGUGUGGGUAGAGAGAGUAGUUCUAGUAAUCUCAGUGGCUGCAACUCAAUAAUGGUGAUGAAGAAUGCUUUCUUAUCCAUUGUUGGACAUCGAUCUGAUCGAGGUACUACUGUGUAAUUUAUUAAAAUGUUUUAUGUUCUUUAUCUCUGUUUUUCCAUUUUUAUAGGUUUACUCUAAAAGUCUUUGUUUGAGAUGUAAAAUGAUGUAUGUGAUUUGAGAGCCAAAAUGGAGAGAUAAAGAAAAUGCAUUGAGAAACUGUGGAAGUAGAUGCUGAUCUUGACAAAAAUAACAGGAUUCAUGAUAGGAUGAAUGAAUGUAACUCAUGUUCUUCAGUCUC